GGUCUAUUUGUCCAUUACAGUGACAGGCAGUGUUUCGGUCUCUCUUAAACAUGGCCACCAUGAUGGAGUAAACGCUACAACUUUAAAAUUGAUAUAAUCGAGGAAAACUAUGCUUCUUUCACCCAAAUGAGGAAUGUUUCGACCUGAAAUAUCGUACCAAACGCCUAAUCCACAUGAGAGCUUUGGGAAAAGUUUCUUCUUGGAUUACAUUCUGAAUUAAGUUGGCUGGAAGCUGGAAAGGAAAAAAAGAGAAUUGCAUCAAUUCCAAUGUCAUCAGAGGAUAAGAGUCUGGAGCCCUCUGAGCAAGGACCAUCUCCUCCCCUGAGCAGUGCUGGGGCCACGCCCUCAGGGAGCCCAGCCCCCUCAGAUAGACGCCCUCGGGGCCGGCCACGCAAAGAUGCUUCCUCUGUCACACCCAAGUCCAAAACAAAGUCUCGUAGUCGAGGUCAUGCACAGGCCGAUGAUGAGGACAGCAUGGAUGCCACUGAUGUCACACCAACUCCAGACAUUGACAUCGCAUCGGAGAUGGAUGUGGUGGAGCCAGAAACGGAUGAUGAUUUCCCUGAGCCACUGGAUCUCAGCCCCAGAGACGAGAGGCCUCUGUCCCCGCUCUUCCAGCGCUCCGUGUCAGAAGACUCUGCUGGCUCCUCUGCCUCCACCACCAGAAAAGCCAAAACUAGAGAAAAGCUCUGUGCCUUCUGCUACUGUGGAGAAAAGGGUCUCUUGGGUCAGGGUGAGUUGAAACUGUUUGGACCCACGCCUGGUUACGUUCCCCUGCACAUCCAGAACCGCCGUGGCAGCUCUGAGAAGGAUGACGAUUACCAUGACGACGACAAUGAUUUUGAUGACAAUGACAACAACUGCAGCCCAGGGCAUCGUGGGAGUGGCUUGAAAAAGGUCAGCUCUCCAGACAGCGGCCUGCACUCAACCUCUGCUCCUGGUAGUACAGACCCUGCUGCUGAGGAGCCUGGCCAGAAGUUUUGGGAUGAACUGGGCCAAAUUGGCCUUCCCCAUGAUAUUAACGUUGCGUCUUUAUUCGACCCCACUGGCCAGUGUUGCGCUCACCUGCGCUGUGCAGCCUGGUCGGAGGGUGUAUGCCGCGGUGAGGGACAGUCGCUGCUGUAUGUGGACAAAGCAAUUGACUCAGGGAGCACAGAGUGCUGUGCAUACUGUAAGCGCCUUGGAGCAUCCAUAAAGUGCUGUGAGGAGAGCUGUGGGCGCUCCUUUCAUUACCCCUGUGCAGCUGCUGCCGGAACCUUCCAAGACAUAAAGGCAUACACCCUCCUGUGCCCGGAUCACAUCCAACAAGCUCUUGUCCGAUCGAAAGAUACGGUGAAAUGUCUGGUGUGUGACCGUUCACGAGACUUGCUCAAUCAGCUCUUCUGCUGCACUUGUGGCCAGCAUUACCAUGGGGCCUGUCUGGACAUAAAUAUCACUCCGCUGAAGAGGGCCGGCUGGCAGUGUCCUGAGUGCAAAGUCUGCCUCACAUGCAAGAACCCAGGGGAUGACAGCAAGAUGCUGGUGUGUGACAUGUGUGAUAAAGGCUAUCAUACCUUCUGCCUGCAGCCCAUCAUGGACACAAUACCCACCAACGGCUGGAGGUGCAAGAACUGCCGAACGUGUGCUCAGUGUGGCAUGAGGCCUAAUGGCCAGUGGUCAUCUAAUGGUGUAAUGUGUGAAGGAUGUCAACAGCAGCGUGAUUCAGCGCUGGUCUGCCUCAUCUGUGGGCAGAAUCAGGACUCUGGCCACCCUCUGGACAAACACUCUUGCUGCACUUGUAAGAGAUGGGUUCAUGUGGACUGUGACAGGCAGGAGGGUGCUGACCCUGACACCCAGAUGCAGGAUGGGUACACCUGUAGAGUGUGUAAGCACGUGGAGGAGGAGAGCAGGCACAAUCAGCCUGUCAGCAGCCAGGAGGCUUCGUUCACUGACCCAGAGCCAGCCGAGGAUGUCUUCAUGGCUGUUGAGGAAGUAAAUGAGGAUGAGGAGGAAGUGGCGUUGGAGCCAGAGGCCAGUAUUAGUCCACUUCCUACAGUGCCAGAAGAGUUCCUGUCAUCUGCUGAACCUGCCCAGGAGAUCCAGGUUACUGUUACUCUGACAGAGGGUUCCGAGCCUCCUCCAUGCGCCUCCACUUUAGUGGGUGUACCCUCCCUCUCCUUUCAGGCCUCUUCCACAAAUGAAGACCAUAACCAGGAGCACAGUUUCAUUGGUGCUUUGGAAAUGGGGAAGGAAACAGAGGAUAAACUGUCUGAUACUACAGAGGAUGAACCUGAAGCGGACGUUUCAAAAGCUCUUCCUGCUUUGCCUACCAAAGAAACUUCCCCCAAACACUCUCGAGCACAAGAGGAAGAACCCAUGGAUGCCUGUCCCUCAGACCCCUCCAGUAUGAAGGAUAAAAGGAUGACGAAUGUCCCAGAAGCCCAGAGUGUUGUUGAGGAAGUUGAGCAGGGACAGAAGCAAGAAAAACAACAGCACGGAGAGAAGGUGGCAGAUCCUGAGGUCACUUGUAUUUUACCUGAGCCGGAUGGUGUCCCACUGGUUGCAGAGUGCAGUCCUACUGUGGAAAUGGACACUACACCUGUCAGCGACCACAGUUUCUCCAGUUUCAGCUCUCCCAUUGAGGAUAAGAGCCUCAUCUUGAAGCAUUCCCCAGGAUUGUCCUCCGAGGGCUCAACCAAGUUGACCCAGUCCCCAUUUUCCACUGAAGCCUCGCCGAGGGAGACAUCUCAAAACCAGACACCUACCCAUGGCCUGAAUUCAUCAGGAUACAGCCCCAGUGUUUUCAACACCAACUUCUUUCCCCUUACGCCCAAGAUAGGUAUAGGGAAGCCAGCCAUCUCAAAGAGGAAGUUCUCUCCAGGAAGACCAAGGGUAAAGCAGGGUGCAUGGAGUAACCGUAGCGCAAUGAGCUCGCCCUCCUGGUCUCCAGAGCGCUCGGACGCCUGGGACAGCCCUAAGACCAGGCCGAUGUACGGGCUGCCCAUCUGGACCAUGAGAUUGGGUCGUGGAUCUGGCUUUCCUGGAAGGCGGCGACCCAGGGGAGCUAACCUCUCUGGGAGAGGUGGCAGGGGACGCUCCAGGCUAAAGAUGGAGAGCAGCCCAGUGGUGACCCCUGGGGUGAGCUUAAUGGAUUCUCCAUAUGUGGUAAAAGAAGAGGAGGAAAACUCCAUGCACAACACUGUAGUCCUGUUCUCCACCUCUGACUCCUUCACACUUAAACAAGACAUGUGUGUGGUGUGUGGGAGCUUUGGUCAGGGUGCUGAGGGCAGACUGCUAGCCUGCUCCCAGUGCGGCCAGUGCUACCACCCCUUCUGCGUCAAUAUUAAGAUCACAAAAGUGGUGUUGAGUAAAGGCUGGCGCUGUCUGGAGUGCACAGUGUGUGAGGCAUGUGGGAAGGCCAAUGACCCCGGGCGCUUGCUGCUCUGUGAUGACUGUGACAUUAGCUACCACACAUACUGUCUGGACCCACCACUGCAGAAUGUACCCAAAGGCAGCUGGAAGUGCAAGUGGUGUGUAUUAUGUACUCAUUGUGGAGCUACAUCGUCUGGCCAGCGCUGUGAGUGGCAGAAUAACUACACGCAAUGCGGUCCGUGUGCGAGUCUCACGGUAUGUCCUGUGUGUAUGCGCAGCUACAGAGAGGAAGAGCUCAUCCUGCAGUGCCGGCAGUGUGACAGGUGGGUUCAUGCCUCAUGUCAGGGGCUGAACUCUGAUGAAGAGGUGGAGAGCGCAGCAGAUGAGGGCUUUGACUGCUGUCUAUGUAGAACGCAAACCAUGUCCACGCCUGGUGUCACAGUGGCAAAGCUCAUGGACAUCAUCGAGCCUCCUGUAGUGGCACAGAUUCUUACAAAUGUCAAGGAAAAUGAAUUCCAGCGGACCUACACUCAGGAUGGCGUGUGUCUGACUGAGUCAGGCUUGUGUCAGCUCCAGAGUUUAUGUGUCCAGACCGCCCGCCGCAGACGACCCAAACCCAAACUUAAGCUGAAAAUCAUCAAUCAGAAUAGUGUGGCCGUGCUGCAAACACCCCCUGACCCCCAGCCUGAGCUCUUCAGAGAUGGAGACUUGGGCGACAGUAGAGAGGGCAACCCGAUGGACUGUGAUGGGAAAUCUGACUCCAGCCCCGAGCAUGAGCACUGUGAUGACCACCUGAAAGGGGCCGACGGCAGCGACAGCAACAAGAAGAGGAAGAGGAAGCCGUACAGACCUGGUAUCGGUGGGUUUAUGGUGCGUCAGAGGAGCAAAGCAGGGCAGGGUAAAGGCAAGCGUUCUCUCAGUCGGAAAGACUCCACAAGCUCACUUAUAGAGAACUUCACAGGAAAGGAAGAAGGUUGGAAUGAACCAGACACUCCUGUGGAUGGGACUCCCAUCGUUAGCGAGCCUCUGGAGAAAGUCAAGAAGAGAUACAGGAAGAAGAAAACCAAACUCGAGGAGGCCUUCCCCUCGUACCUACAGGAAGCGUUUUUUGGGAAAGAACUUCUGGAUAAAAGCAAACAGACCAAGUCAGCUCUGGAAACAGGGAUUGUGGAGGAAGAAUCCAGCCAUGCAGACAGCAAAUCACAGAGCAGCAGCUUCCUGGACCCUUUAUCUGGCCCGCUUCUGAGUACCACUUCCACUCCUGUCUCGUCUAAAGCAGGGCCACUGCCCAAUGUGGAGGAUCCCUUAGCCGAGCUGGUUCUACAUUCAGAUGAUGAUCUCCUGGGAAUGCUGUCCGAUGACCUGGUCAAGCCAGGCCCUGAAUCAGGUCUUGAUUUAUGCCCUUUCCAGGUGGACAGUUCCCCCUCUCCAUUCGCUGGUUUGGACAUUGGCACUCUGCCGGAUUAUCGGUCAGCUCCUCCUCAGCCUGGCCCUGCUCGAGGGUCUCGGCCACUACAGGAAGAACCUCUGGAUGUAAUAUUGAGUCCUGAGCUGGACAAGAUGGUUUCCGAUGGGGCUAUUCUUAGCAAGUUCUACAAAAUUCCAGAACUGGAGAGUAAAGAUGUGGAAGACUUAUUCACUGCAGUGCUCAGUCCAAAUGCCAGCCAGCCGCCUCAACUUCCACAUCCACCCAACACUGCCCCCAAUGCCUCAGGUACAGCAAUGUCUCUCCAGAACCCAGGAGAUGUUGGUGGAAUGUUCCCUCGCAUGCCUAUGAUGAAUGGCCUGAUGGGUCCAAAAACUGUGAUUCCUCCAAACCCUGUGAUUCCUGGAGCUGGAGUGUCUGGCACAUUCUCUUCCAUUCACCGCAUGCCUUUUCCAGAAAAUGUGAGGGAGAAGAAAUUCAGCCAGAUAGGGGGUGAUGUGAUUGGUCCCUGGGCUUCCCCUAUUCCUGUUCCUGGAUCUUGCCCUCCACCAGAGGUGGAGACUGACACCAUGUCCAAUGCUCAGAGGAGCACGUUAAAGUGGGAGAAGGAAGAAACUCUUGGUGAAAUGGCCACUGUGGCUCCUGUUCUUUACACCAAUAUGAACUUCCCAAACCUUCAAGAUGAUUUUCCAGAUUGGGCAACUAGAGUGAAGCAAAUUGCAAAGUUAUGGAGGAAAGCUAGUUCUCAGGAAAGGGCGCCUUAUGUGCAAAAGGCUAGAGACAACAGAGCAGCCCUUCGUAUAAACAGAGUUCAGUUGUCUAAUGACACAAUGAAAAUACAGCAACAGCAGCAGCCAGCUGAUCCCUUUGAUCCCAGCAUUUCCAUGGACACAGAGCUGCUCUUCAAGGACCCACUCAAGCACAAGGAGUCUGAGCAUGAACAAGAGUGGAAGUUCAGACAGCAAAUGAGACAAAUGAGCAAACAACAGGCAAAAAUUGAAGCCACGCAAAAGUUAGAACAGGUGAAAAAUGAGCAGCAGCAACUUCAGAAACAGCAGCAACAACAACAGCAAUUCAGUGGAGACAACUCUAAAAGUGGUAAUCAGAGUCCAAUGACAACUCAGCCCACCAGUGAAGGUAAUGCUUCUCCUUUGCAAACGUUAACCCCCAAGGAUAGCUUUACAAUGACUCAGAUUCCUGGAACUGCAACAUCGGUUGCAUCAACAGAUGAUGUAUUUGUGCGUCCUCAACUGCCACCCCCUUCAUCCACAGCAAAGACCCCUACCCAGGAUACUCAGUACCCACAGGGUCCCUCAUCUCAGCCUCAGUCUUCUCAAAUGUUUUCACCUGAAUCAUCUGGAUCCCGUCCUUCUUCUCCAUGGGAUCCAUAUAGCAAAAUGGUGGGAACCCCCAGGCCACCCCCAUCUGAGUCAAGCACGCCUCGCAGAAGUUCUGUGUCUGACAUGCAAGAAAGGAGUCGGCCCUCACCAGCCCAUGAAUCCUUUGGGUCUCCAACAUCCGCCAGCACUGACCCAUAUGCAAAGCCUCCAGACACACCUCGACCAUCGGACCUGUUUGUGAAACCUAUGUGUCCACCUAGACCAGGACCAUUAUCUGAGCAACAAGGAAGACAUUUUAUCAGUAAUGUCACACCUGGAGACAGUUUUUCCAGACCAGGCCUAAGAUCGGAAGCAUACCAGCGCAUGGCCCAUAGCCGCAUGGUUCUUUCUGACCCAUACUCUAGGCCACUGUUAACACCUAUUCCAGGGAGUAAUGAGUCAGGAUCUGUAACAGUGUUCAAAGCACCCAUGCUUCCUUCCCAGUUACAGCAAAACUCAUUCAGUGCAGGGCAGCAAGGCAUGAGAAGGGGGUCAUCUGACACUUUAUCCCAAGUUCAACACUCUGACCCCUAUUCACAUCAGCCUCUUACACCUCAUCCAUCAAUGGGAGAUGGUUUCAGUAAUGAGGGCAGAAUGAUGCGUCCAGGGCAAGGGAGUCCUUUUGCCCAACCCUUGCCCAUGAGCAGACACCCUCAACGAGAUACGUAUUCACAGGCACCAUCUACACCUAGACCAGACUACCUUCAGCAAAUGCCUGAUCCAUAUGCUCAGCCUCCUGGUACUCCAAGACCACAUGAUCCAUAUGCCCAGAUGCCUGGUACCCCAAGACCACACUCUGAUCCAUAUACAUUGCCAUCAUCCACAUCUAGAAAUGCAACAAUUGAUCAGUUUUCUCAGUCACAACCUAAUAGUCGCAGACAAUCUCCGUCUCAUGCUAUCGAUCCAUAUGCUCAGAUGCCAGGAACUCCAAGACCUUCUUCCGGAGAGAGAUACCCUAAAUCUCCAAGUAGUCAGAGAACCACAGAUCCCUUCUCACAGCCUUCUAGAACUCCUAGGCCAGUCAAAAAUGAAGCUUAUGAUCAACCACCAGGAACACCAAGACCAGUUCUUACUGACCCAUAUUCUCAACCCCCUGGAACUCCAUGUCCAGGAGCUGACCCAGAAGCCUUCCCCAGACCAAAUCCCAGAGUAAACUUCAUGUCCCACCAAACAGAUCCGCUUAGCCUUCAAGCACAAAGAAUGCAGGACCCAUUUGCUCGUCCCUAUGCUCCUGAUUCUCAAACCCCAAAACAUCCUGGGAUUUCAGAUGAAAGUCUCUCUCUACAACAGACCAACACUAACCAGACACCUACUCAUGAUCCAUUUGAACAAGCUCCUCUAACCCCAUGUUCACAAACAGGGGAAAGACAUGAUGUUCCAGUAAACACAGGCAUCCCAUCAGAUACACAUAACACAAUGCAACCACCACUUAAAGAGACUGAAGAGAAAAUUAAACAGCGCCAAAGACUACGGCAGUUAAUUCUCAAACAGCAGCAGCAGAAAAGUGCAAUCAGACUGGAAAAGGGUCUCCAGGAGGCAACUUCUGCUGCUGCACCUGGGACUCCAAGGCAUUGGUCACAUGAUGAUUCUGGACCUCAGAAUGAUAUUUUUGGUAGACCUCCACCUCCAUAUCCAGGUACUAUGAGACCUGCACCAAUUCAUGCUGGACAAAGAUUUCCUGGAACUUUCCUUACCGAUCAGCGUGGGCCCAUGCCUGAUGAACCCCACUGCUCCCGACUACCAUUCCCCAGGGAUCUAAACAACACUGGCAUGAGUCAGCAAGGACAAAGAUUUGGAUUUCCUCCUGGAGCUCCAAGCCAGGAACAUUUCCUCAGGCCCCCUCACCAGAUACAAGGUGGACCAAUGGUUGACAAUAUUCCACCACAUAUGAGACAACCUGUUGAUGUUGUUAGGUCAAUAGGCAGUAAUCAUCAAAUGGGCCUACCCCAGCAUUUUCCACCAUGUGGCCUUCCAAUGCAACAGCAUAAUAUAAUGGGUCAACCAUUUAUUGAACUUUGUCACAGGGCUCCAGAGAACAGGGUCAGACUAUCUUUUGGUCCACCUAAUGCUUUGGACCAUCCUAAUCAUUCCCAGAGACCCUCUCAUGGCUUCAUGGUAGGCCAAAAUAUGGCCUUUACAGGAAAUCAAGGUCCCAGAAUUAUGGACCCAAUGCUGGGCCAGUCACAACGAGGAUCAGUCAAUCAGUUACAGACCUCAGCUACUAUGGAUAAUCUGCAUCACCAUACAAAUGCAGCACAACAGCAGACCCCCCUGGCAGCACCACUUAGCCAUUCAUUCAGUGGUGAUUCAGUUACUCGUGCCAAAUCUGCAAUACUUCCUGUCACAACCCCUGGUCCAACAGAGGAAAUCCCAUUGCCUUGUAGUGGUGUUGAGAAGCUAGAAACACAUGACUCUGCUGUGAAGGACCUCGAUGAUGUGGAGGUCAAAGACUUGGUUGAUGAAGACCUGGACAACCUGAACCUUGAUGCAGAUGAUGGCAAAGAUUUAGACUUAGAAACAAAUGAUCUUCAUCUUGAUGAUCUUCUGAAAUCUGGAAAGUUUGAUCUUAUAGCUUAUGCAGAUCCUGAGCUGAACCUUGAGGACAAAAAAUAUAUGUUUAAUGAAGAGCUGGAGCUGAGUGGUCACAUAGAAGAUGACCAUGGGGAUACCUCAGACCUUCAGAAAGCCUUGUCUGAAAAAAGAAAUGCCAGAUGUGGAGGUAUGUCCUCAGCUCAACCUAAAUCAGAAGGCAUAAAGGGUCCUAGUGAUGUCAAACAUGAAAAGAGUAUGUCAAAAGAGGUCCAGGAUCAUUCUCAGUCUGAAACCAUAAAAACUGAGGGCCAAGGUCUUGGAACCUCAGUGGAUGGGCAUCGGCCUAUGAGAAGUAAAAGUGGUCAAGAUGAUGUCUCUAGUCUUUUUGAGGAAUCUUGUGCAGAUGUGCAUACUGGAUCUGUUUCAGUGCUGUCAAGUCUGUUGAUCAAGGAAAAACUAGAGGACUCCAUAAUUUCUCCUAUGCCGGGUGACCCCAAUGGCCAGACUAAUCUUGGCUCAAACAUGAGUAUGGUUAUGCUUCAAGGACAACCCCAAGAACACAGGAUAAACCCUGGAGUAACAAUGGGGCACAGGACAGAUCCAGCUCUAACCCAAGGGGCACUUUUAGGUAACGCAAAUUUGAUGCAAUCUGGCAACCAGCAGGUACCACUUCAAGGGUUUGGACCUUCACAAGGACAAGUGGAUCUAAACCUGCCUAUGAUUGGUGGUCAGUAUCCGGUUCCCCAUCAUGUAAACCCCCAAACUCAACAGGGCAUGUUCAAUAGUGGGGCUACAGGGCAACAAGGGUCUCAAGCACAACAGAGUCAACAGAACAGGUCUCUUCUGUUAGAUGAACAGCCCCUUCUUCUUCAAGAUCUGCUGGAUCAAGAGAGGCAGGAGCAACAACAGCAAAGGCAGAUGCAGGCCAUGAUUCGGCAACGGUCUAGUGACCCUUUUUUCCCUAACAUUGUAGACUUUGAUGCCAUUACUGACCCAAUCAUGAAGGCAAAGAUGGUGGCUCUGAAGGGGAUCAACAAAGUGAUGGUACAGAACAGUAUGGGUAUGACACCCAUGGUUAUGAACAGAAUGCAACAGAUUCCAGGAUCACAUGGCCCAGAUACAGCUGGUUUUUCGCAACAUUUUUUUGGACCAGAUGGAAAGUUGCCCCCACAGAUUGCGAGACCCAAUCCCCCUAAUUUUGGACCAGGAUUUGUCAAUGAUUCUCAGAAAAAACAAUAUGAGGAGUGGCUUCAGGAAACUCAACAGCUUCUUCAAAUGCAGCAGAAGUUUUUGGAGGACCAGAUUGGGGCCCACAGAAAAUCUAAAAAGGCCCUCUCUGCAAAACAGCGCACUGCGAAAAAAGCUGGACGGGAGUUCCCAGAGGAGGACGCAGAACAGCUGAAGCAUGUGACUGAACAGCAAAGUGUGGUUCAAAAGCAAUUGGAACAGAUACGGAAGCAACAGAAAGAACAUGCUGAGCUCAUUGAGGAAUAUCGUGUUAAGCAGCAACAACAGCAAGAGCGCCUCCAACCUGGUAUGAUGGGUCCAAUGAAGGCCAUGCCAGGAAUCCAAGGACAGGGCCCUGGAAUGAUGCCUGUUGGACCCCCAAUGGGCCAGCCUAUGAUGGGUUCUAUGUUGCCCAUGCAACAACCUCACUUUGGUAAGCCUACUCACAUGCCCAAUGUGCCAGGUUGGCAUCCAGGUGCCACUGGACCAAUGGGUGGACCCAGGAUGCCACCUCACCUGCCCCCUCAAAUGCCACUUCCUAACCCCACCCAGCCUCUCCAGGCACCGCCAACUCCCCCUAUGGUUCCAGGAGGUAAACCUGGGCAGCCUGGCCCUGUAGCUGGAGGUAAUGGUGGAGGAUCCAGUAGUAGUGCCCCUCAUGUGAAGUUUGAUGAUAAUAAUCCAUUUAGUGAAGGCUUCCAGGAGCGGGAGCGUCGAGAGCGCCUUCGAGAGCAGCAGGAGAAACAGCGGGUGCAGCUCAUGCAGGAGGUGGAGAGACAAAGGGCAUUGCAGAGGCUAGAGCUGGAGCAGCAGGGCUUGGGGCUCGGCCCCAACAAGAGUGGGGGCGGUCUUGCCCAGAUGCCCUUCUUCAAUUCUGACCUGUCACAGGAAUUCAUGCAGACACCCGGGCCUCAACAGCAGUUGGGCCCAGUGUUCCCUCUGCAAGGAAAUAUGCCAUUAGACUUUGUGGGUCCAGGUCCAACCUUUUUGCAAGGUGGCGAGCGAAGGCCUAUGCCGGGGAAUGGCUCCUUUGGCCCAGAUAUGGGUCCUAAUUUUCAACCUAAGAACCCCAUGAUGCAUGGUUUCUCCCCAGGUCAGCCACGUGCAGCUGGGUUUGGAGGGCAUGGAAUGCCACCCCACAGUGGAGGGGAAGCUUCCUCAUUUGGUUUGGAUUCCACAACCCCUUUACCUCCUAAUUUUCCUGGGUCAGGACAGUCCCUCAUUCAGCUCUACUCCAACAUCAUCCCUGAGGAGAAGGGCAAAAAGAAAAGGAGUAGAAAGAAGAAGCUGGAUGAUGAUGCAGAUUCAGUCAAAACUCCUUCUACACCUCAUUCUGACAUAACUGCCCCACUUACACCGUGUGUAUCAGACACAUCUUCCACCCCAACACGUAGUGUUGCCAUUAUGGGAGACCAGGACACUUCAGAGUUUUCCAACCCCGUAAGUUCUAUGACUGGCCUGCCACCAUCCUCAGAGCUGGAGAACCCACUCUCUGGAGGUACUCCACUACGGCGACAGUCCAGCGUGGGCUCGGAGGGAGGCCUCCUCCAUGAAAUCAAGCUGGAAAAGUUAGAAGCCAGUGUGUGCCAGAAGGCUGAGGGAGAGGCAGUGACAGGCCAUAGUGCAGGAGGAGCCAGUAUAGUAAAGACAGAAGAGGGCAAUGAGAUAAUCUCCCCCACUCCACCAUCCCAGAGUCCAGCUCAGAGCACCAAAGUGGAAACUGGGAAUGAGCUACUCAAACACCUUCUAAAGAACAAGAGCACCCCUCCUCCUUCCUCAACACCUCUCUUACAUCAGAUGUCCAAGGACAGUAUACGGUCAGAGGAUGAGGGGCUGACAGACUGCAAAGGCUCUUUAAGACUGGACAGCGCAGAUUCUUCAAGUGGCUUAAACAGCCAUUUGACAGGCAAACCAGAUUUGGAGCCUUCUGUGCCAGAGCAAUGCAAAAGAAAACAGCGCAACAAGCGGACACCAAAGAAUGGGACUGAGAAACCGCUGUCACGCUGGAAGAAGAGGAAGAAGGAUGAUGAAGAGAGAAAGGCGGUAUACGCCAAUGACACACUGAUGACUCAGCUCAAGCAGCAUCUGUCUAUGCUUCCCCUGAUGGAGCCUUUGAUUGGGGUAAACUUUGCACAUUUCCCCCCGUAUGGCAGUGGGCAGCUGAAUGGAGAGAACAGGCUCUCUGGAUCUUUUGGAAGUGCAUCACUGAAUGGAGUAUCUGAUUACUACUCACAACUCAUCUAUAAGCAGAACAAUCUUAGCAAUCCUCCAACGCCUCCUGCCUCACUUCCCCCCACACCGCCACCUGUAGCCAAGCAGAAGUUGUUGAAUGGUUUUGCCACGGCGGAAGAACUGACCAGGAAGGCAGAAGUUAUGCUUUCUAAAAGCUUGGGUCAGAAGCAGCUCACUACUCAAUUCAAAGCUGAAGAUGACCUGUUGGGACACACCAUCACUCAGGGCCCAAAGACUGUUGAUGUUCCUGCUUCACUUCCCACUCCACCCCACAACAAUCAGGAGGAACUUCGGGGUCAGGAGCAUUGUGUCGACAGGGACACUCCAGACAGUUACGUCCCAUCAUCCUCUCCUGAAAGUGUUGUUGGCAUGGAAAUCAGCCGUUAUCCAGAUCUCUCUAGAGUUAAAGAGGAGCCGCCAUCCCCUGCUCUCUCUCCAGUCAUCCCCAUAAUUUGCAGCGCCAGUGGUAAAGGUUCUGAAGCCAGGAAGUGGGAAGUCAAGACAGAGCCACCAAGCAGUUUCUUUGCAUCGCAGUUUGAACAUCUCUCUGCAUGCUCACAAACUGACCUGGUAUCUGUAUCUGUUACCCUGAACCCAGUGGCAGCACAAAACAUUCAAGGAGUUGUGUCAGCACUGGCAAACAUGCUUUGUGUGUCCAUACCAGUGAAUUUUGAGGUGAUGCGCUCUCCAGACCCAGAGCACCGCAGCUCAAUAGACAUGUUGAGUGGACUUAAGGUCCCCCCUCAAACUGCCCUGUUCCACCAACAACCUGGUAUGAGGUUCCACAUACCACCAGGUGCCCCACUAUCACACCAGACAUUCAGCGAGGGUUCAGUUGUGGUCAGACCAGACUAUCAGAUGGGUGGAAGUAGUCCAGGGCCUAAACCACAGUGGUGCUCCCAUUGCAGGGUGGUGGUUCUUGGAAAUGGUGUUCGAAAGUCCACUAAAUGCCUGCCAAUAAAUAAACAGGGCCACAGAGGAGCUGAGGGGACCCUUAUCUUCUGCAGCCAUAACUGCUUUGUUCUCUAUUCAGCGGCCAUGCAGACUAAAUUGGUAGAUGGCAAGUCAAACUUGCCUCCACCAUCUGACUCUGAGGACAAGCAGAAUCCUACUAAGGUGCUUCAUCAGUACAGUAACAAUAUAUCAGAUCUUGACGUGCACUGUUUGGCCCAGCUGCAGCAUAAGCAGUCUCCACCCCCAACUCCGAUAAUAUCUUUCCCCUCCAUUACUUCUGAGACACUCAGAGGAGAUAGCAAGUCUGAUACUCUAAAGGUCACAGUCAAACUUAAGCCUCAGCCACGAGCAGUACACAAUGGUGGGGACGACCCUCGGUAUUCAUUAGGAAAGCGCUUUAAAGCUCUGCGUUGGAGAAAGUGGAGCAUUCAAAUUAUGGUGCCUAAGGGUAACUACCACCUGCCGGAGGAGGAAGAGGUUGAUGAACUACUGAAAAAACUGGGGAUGUCUCUUAGGCCUGAACCCAUGCCCAGAGACUUGCGCCGCUGCUGCUUCUGCCACGAAGAAGGCGACGGGCUCACUGAUGGGCCGGCCCGUCUGCUAAACCUUGAUCUGGACUUAUGGGUUCACCUUAACUGUGCCCUGUGGUCUACUGAAGUGUACGAGACCCAGGCUGGUGCUCUCAUUAAUGUAGAGCUGGCCCUGAGGAGAGGCCUGUCGGUGCAGUGUGCGUACUGUCAGCAAACCGGCGCUACGAGUGGCUGUCACCGCUUGCGUUGCACUAAUGCAUACCAUUUUACUUGUGCUCUUAAAGCUCAGUGCAUGUUCUUCAAAGACAAGACUAUGCUGUGCCACCUCCACAGACCCAGAGGAACUGGCUCAAUAGGAGGUGGGCUGGCAGGGACCGAGCAUGAACUCCGCUGCUUUGCAGUGUUCCGUAGGGUCUACGUACAGAGGGACGAGGCACGUCAGAUCGCCAGCAUCAUCCAGAGGGGUGAGCGGGAACACACCUUCCGUGUAGGCAGCUUGGUAUUCCAUGCAAUUGGUCAGCUGCUCCCUCAGCAGAUGCAGGCCUUCCACUCAAUGUCUGCCAUUUUUCCUGUGGGCUACAAAGCCAGUCGGAUCUACUGGAGCAUGCGUCAUGGCAACUGUCGUUGCCAUUACGUGUGUUCCAUUGAUGAGAAAGAUGGCGAACCUGAGUUUAUCAUCCAUGUGAUGGAGCAGGGUUACGAUGACUUGGUUCUUACUGGAUCCUCACCAAAAGGUGUGUGGGAUAAAGUUCUGGAGCCCGUGGCAGAGAGAAGGAAUGAGACAGGAUCUCUGAAGCUCUUCCCAGUUUACCUGAAGGGAGAGGAUCUGUUUGGACUGACUGUAUCUGCUGUUACCAGGAUUGUAGAAUCUCUUCCUGGAGUUGAAGCAUGUGAGAAGUACACGUUCCGUUAUGGCCGUAACCCUCUGAUGCAGCUGCCCUUGGCCAUCAAUCCUUCUGGAUGUGCCCGCUCUGAACCAAAAGCUUGCACACAUGUCAAGAGGUUCGUGUUAAGGCCUCAUACCCUCACCAGCAGUAGUUCCUCUAAGACCCCGCAGAGCUCUGGGAAUCUGGCUGAGAUGGGUGUUACCCCCUACAGCAAGCAGUUUUUCCAUUCCAAAUCCUCUCAGUACCGUCGUAUGAAGGCUGAGUGGAAGUCCAAUGUCUACCUGGCUCGUUCACACAUACAGGGUUUAGGGCUGUACGCUGCAAGGGACAUUGAGAAAUACACCAUGGUUAUCGAAUACAUUGGUACCAUCAUUCGCAAUGAAGUGGCAAACCGAAAAGAGAAGAUGUACGAGGCACAGAAUCGCGGAGUCUACAUGUUUCGCAUCGAUAGUGAGCAUGUAAUUGAUGCGACUAUUUCAGGAGGACCUGCAAGGUAUAUCAACCACUCCUGUGCACCCAACUGCAUUGCUGAGGUUGUGACCUUUGAGAGAGGACACAAAAUCAUCAUCAGCUCCAACCGCAGAAUCCAGAGAGGCGAAGAGUUGUGUUAUGACUACAAGUUUGAUCUGGAGGAUGAUCAGCAUAAAAUCCCUUGUCACUGUGGUGCAGUUAACUGCCGGAAAUGGAUGAAUUGAAAGAUAUCAGUGAAACAAUUAACAAUUCAACAUAUGCAUUCCUUUUUUAUUAUUAUUUAGGCCCAGGAAAUUGCGUCUAUUCUAAUGUAUAUAUAUAUAUAUAUAUAAUGACAGACAAAAAAAAAACAUUGUUAGGGC